UUGUUUUUCCCCUGCAAGCAAAGUUUACAAACUACAAAGUAAAAUAAUUAAAACAAGCAGUGAAUAAAAAUUAAUUUGUGUUAAUAAUAGUGUUUAUUAGGAGUACAAAUGGCUUUGUAUGUCUUAUACGAACAUGCAUCAGGCUAUGCUUUGUUCAAAGUAAAAGAAUUUGAAGAUGUAGGAGUUUUAAUUCCUCAAGUCGAGGAAUCAUACGCUGAUGUCUCAAGAUUUCAAUCAAUUGUAAACCUCGCUGGAUUUUCUCCAUUUAAAACAGCUAUUGCUGCUCUUGAGAAUGUUAAUGCCAUUUCUGAAGGAAUUGUACCUGAAGAUUUGUCAGUCUUCUUGGAUACAACGUUACCAAAAGUAGCAAAGAAACAAAAGUUGACAUUAGGUGUCGCUGAUGCUAAAUUAGGUGCAGCUAUUGGAGAAGCACUAAGCAUCCAAUGUUCUCAUAUUGGAGCAGUUCCAGAAAUCUUACGUGGUGUUCGCAUGCAUUUCCCAAAUAUGGUUAAAGGAUUUACACCAAAAAGUGCAGCAGUCGCUCAACUCGGUUUGGGACAUAGCUACUCUCGUGCAAAGGUCAAGUUUAAUGUUCAUCGUGCUGACAACAUGAUUAUCCAGUCAAUUGCUCUACUUGAUCAAUUAGACAAAGACAUUAAUACAUUUUCGAUGAGAAUACGUGAGUGGUAUUCUUAUCACUUCCCAGAGUUGGUCAAAAUUGUUCCCGACAAUUAUUUAUAUGCUAAAGUCGCUCAUUAUAUCAAAGACCGCAGAAAUUUAAAUGAAGAAAGUGUCGCAGCAUUAGAAGAAAUUCUUAUGGAUUCUGGCAAAGCUACAUCGAUUAUUGAAGCAUCAAAAAUGUCUAUGGGUAUGGACAUUUCAGAAAUUGACUUGAUGAACAUUGAAAUGUUUGCUAAGCGCGUCGUUAACCUGUCAGAAUAUCGUAAACAACUUUCUGAAUAUCUUCACUCGAAAAUGAACCAAGUCGCACCAAAUCUUCAAUCACUUAUCGGUGAUCAAGUCGGUGCACGCUUAAUCUCUAAAGCAGGAAGUUUAACAAAUUUGGCAAAAUAUCCAGCAUCAACAGUUCAAAUCUUGGGAGCAGAAAAGGCACUUUUCAGGGCAUUAAAGACUCGUAGUAAUACACCAAAAUACGGUUUACUUUUCCAUUCAUCAUUCAUCGCUAAAGCUGGUGCAAAGAAUAAGGGACGAAUUUCUAGAUUCUUAGCUAAUAAAUGCUCAGUUGCAUCCAGAAUUGAUUGCUUUACUGAAACUCCAUCACAUGUAUUCGGUGACUUGUUGAAACAGCAAGUUGAAGAUCGCUUGAAAUUCUAUGAAAGCGGAGAUGCCCCACGUAAAAAUAUUGAUGUUAUGAAAGAAGCUAUUGAGAUCAACAACACUCAAACAGCAGAAAGUGCAAAGAAAAAGAAAAAGAAGAAUAAGAAACGUAAGACAGAAGGUGAUGAAAAUGGAGCAAAUGAAAGUCAGGUUGCUGAUGAUUCAAAAAUGGAUGUUUCUGAGAGUGUAGAGGAACCAUCUAAGAAAAAGAAAAAGAAGUCAAAUAAGAACGGCGAUGCUGACAAUACACAAAAUGAUUCACAAUUGGUUGACGAGGAAGAACAGUCACCGAAAAAGAAAAAGAAAAGUAAAGAUAAUGGAAGUGCCAAUGAUUCACAGGACUUGAAUGAAACGGCUGGUGAUGAGCUUAAUGGUGAAGGCAAAAAGAAGAAAAAGAAAAAGAAGAAUCAGGAAAUUGAAGUUUAGAGACAGUUUUUGGAUAUUUUUUUGACAUAUAAUUUUCAAGAUUAAUGCAUUUUAUAAGCAGAAAUAAAAAUAACAUUUAAGAAUGUAAAACGAUGAUAAAUCAAAAGAGUUACGAUGAAAUAAAAUACACACAUUAGAGAACUAUUUUUAAAUGAA